GCUCCCGGCCCUUUUAAAGGAUAUAAAACUUGAGGAAGGACUAGAAAGAAAAGACGGUCUAGUGUCCUUGCUUCAAGAACUGGUCUUUCAGUUCAGUGCGGCAUUUAAGCAAACACCUCUCAAUACGAAAUCCAAAGCACAGCGGCAAUCUCAGUUCUAUUAAUUUUUCCAGCUCUCCUCAAUAUGCAAAGCAUUAAAAACUCCAUCUUGUGGCAUGUGAGGGGGAGGAGUUCUGCUAAAACAUGGUUGUUCGCUGAAAAUGGGAAUGUGCUCAAACAGCUGAGCAGCAGCAAGAUGUUUGCAUCAACGACAGGUACCCAUACUGAUCAAACAAUGGAUCGAGUUAUCGGGUUGGUCAAGAAAUUUGAUAAAAUCGAUGCCACUAAGGUUACUGAAACAGCUGAUUUCCAAAAAGACUUGAGCCUGGACAGCUUAGAUCGGGUGGAGCUUGUUAUGGCUUUUGAGCAAGAAUUCUCUAUUGAAAUCCCUGAUGAGAAAGCCGAUAAGCUCACCUGCUGUGCCGAUGUUGCGAAAUACAUAGUUUCUGGAGCUGAACAGAACAUGAAGUCCUAAGUAGCUUUUCAUCAAUAGGAUUAUUUCCUGGACAACAAUAUGUUCGUUUAUACUUCCUAUUUUUUUUUUUCUUUUUUUUUUUUUCACCAUUGAUCAUUCUCUUUGCAUAGUCGAGAUGUCUGCUUAACUUUGAGGCUGCUUUACCUUUUUAAGUGUGAAUGGUUGCAAUUGCAGAAUUUGUAAAACUCCAUAUUCCUCAUGUAUUUCUUUUACUUACUACACAAAAUAAAUACGAUUUUCGAAGGGAAAAACUUUUA